AUGAGAGAAGUGAUUUCUUUGAACGUCGGCCAGGCGGGCUGCCAGAUUGCGAACUCCUCCUGGGAGCUAUAUUGCCUCGAACACGGAAUCCAGCCUGACGGUUAUCUGACUGAAGAACGCAAAGCCGAGGAUCCAGAUGAGAGAGUAUUCCAUACCUUCUUCUCCGAGACCGGAAACGGGAAAUAUGUCCCCAGGACGAUAUACUGUGAUCUCGAACCCAAUGUCGUCGACGAAGUUCGAACCGGUACCUAUCGCCAACUCUUUCACCCUGGUCAGAUGAUCACGGGAAAGGAGGAUGCUUCGAACAAUUUUGCUCGAGGGCAUUAUACAAUUGGAAGAGAGAUAAUUGACCAAGUCAUGGAUAGUAUCAACCGUCUUGCUGAGAACUGUGAUGAUCUGCAAGGAUUCUUACUUUUCCAUUCCUUGGGCGGUGGUACCGGUUCGGGUUUCGGUACCCUCUUGCUGGAACGUUUAGCCAUGCAAUUUGCAAAGAAGAGCAAGCUUGAGUUCUGCGUUUAUCCUGCUCCCAACCUGUCAACUUCAGUGGUCGAGCCGUACAACUCAGUGCUAGCCACGAGCUCGACGAUGGAGCUAUCAGACUGCAGCUUCAUCCUAGACAACGAAGCCAUCUAUGAUAUCUGCACUAAACAGCUCACCAUUGAGCGGCCGGGCUUGGAAAACUUGAAUCGUCUUGUUGCACAAGUUGUCUCUUCGGUUACUGCAUCUGUCCGUUUCGGUGGCCACCUUAACGUCGACCUGGCUGAAUUCCAAACUAAUCUCGUUCCAUUCCCUCGUGUUCACUUCCCCAUGUUUGCCUACGCACCCAUCGCCCAGGACUCGAGGGCAACCCACGAGACAAACACUAUCCGUGAAAUGACCUUGGCUUGUUUCGAUCCAAGCAACCAGAUGGUCAAAUGCAACCCGCAAAAUGGCAAAUACAUGGCGACCUGUCUGCUCUACCGUGGCGACAUCGUCCCCAAGGAAGUCCACUCGGCCGUUGCCGUUGCCAGGACCAAGCAGACUAUCCAGUUUGUUGACUGGUGUCCUACCGGUUUCAAGAUCGGUAUCUGCGAUAAGCCUCCGCAACAUGUGCCAAACGGUGACAUGGCAAAGACUGACCGUGCAGUGUGCAUGCUUUCCAACACAACUGCUAUCGGAGAAGCAUGGACAUCUCUCUGCCGCAAGUUCGACCUCAUGUACUCCAAGCAAGCCUUUGUCCACUGGUUCGUCGGAGAAGGUAUGGAAAUGGGUGAGUUCACUGAAUCUCGUGAAAAUCUAGCGGCACUGGAGCGUGACUACCAAGAAAUCGCCCAAGGCGACGAUGACGAAAAACCUGAGCAGGAGUACUAA